AUGGCAUUAGAAGAAGUGGUACGAUACUUAGGACCUCAUAACGAGAUUCCCUUGACACUAACUAGGGACUCUGAGACUGGCCGUUUCCUCCUGAAGCAUUUUCUACCCAUUUUGCAACAAUACCAUGACACGGGGAACAUUAACGUGACUAACCCUGAUAAUUUCCCAACUGAUGAGGACAGGAAUAAAUUGCUGGCACAUUAUGGGAUUGAUGUGACUACCGACAGUCAAGGUGAGCUAUGGAUAGAAUUGGAAAAAUGCUUACAAUUAUUAAACAUGUUGAAUUUAUUUGGUCUGUUUCAGGACGCAUUUGAGUUUGAGGAGCCUGAAACAGAUCAAGAUGAAGAGGACGAUCCUGGCCAUUCAAAAGAAAGAGAAAACAACAUCAAAAGUGAAAACUCUACCAACAGUAUCAACUCUAAGAGGGUUAACGAUUUACAAAAUGUUGAUGCAGAUUCAGAUACUCAUAGAGAACUAGGCUCUCCCUUGAAGAAGUUGAAAAUUGACACCUCUGCGAUAGAUCCGGAAAAUGAUUCAACUCCGAAUACUGCCAGAGCCAAGACCAACAAUAAAAAUAAAGGCUCCGCCAAUGUUAGCGAGAGUAGCGACAACACUGAUAAAAACGGAAGCACGGCCAAGCCAAUAAUUACGUUCACUCAUGACCUUACUUCUGAAUUUUUGAACACUCCAUUGAAAAUUAUGAAAACAUUGCCUUCUCCGAUUGUAAACGAUAAUGAACAGAAGAUGAAACUGGAGGCAUUUUUGCAACGUUUGUUAUUCCCGGAAAUUCAAGAAGUGCGCACAUCCCUGAAUAAUGACAAUAAUACCAGAAAUUUGGAGGAGGAGAACUCGAACCAAAAACAACAGCACGUGUCGUUUGAUACUGUUUUUCAAGAGGUUAACAACGCCUUUCCUAACACUCAAUUAAAUCUUAAUAUUCCCGUCGAUGAACAUGGAAACACACCCUUGCAUUGGCUGACUUCAAUAGCUAAUCUCGAAUUAGUGAAAAACCUGGUUAAGCAUGGUUCAAACAGAUUAUAUGGGGAUAAUACUGGAGAGUCGUGUCUAGUGAAAGCUGUCAAAUCAGUUAACAACUACGAUUCAGGAACUUUUGAGGCACUCCUAGAUUAUCUAUAUCCAUGCUUAAUCUUGGAGGAUUCAAUGAAUAGAACAAUUCUGCAUCAUAUCAUUAUUACGUCUGGUAUGACUGGUUGUUCCUCUGCUGCCAAGUACUAUUUAGAUAUUUUGAUGGGAUGGAUUGUUAAAAAACAAAAUAGGCCCAUUCAAAUUGGUAGUAGUGGUAGAGGAGGUAAAGUAGAUGAUGAAAACGAUGAGAAACGGGAUUCAAUACUAGAAAAUCUAGACCUGAAAUGGAUAAUAACAAAUAUGCUCAAUGCACAGGACUCUAAUGGCGAUACUUGCUUGAACAUUGCAGCAAGAUUGGGAAACAUUUCAAUAGUAGACGCCCUAUUAGAUUACGGUGCAGACCCAUUUAUUGCUAAUAAGUCAGGUUUAAGACCCGUAGAUUUUGGGGCUGGUACUUCAAAAUUACAAAAUAGUAACGACGGUGACGAAAACUCGAAGUUGACCACUAAGGGAGAUUCUGAAGAUCAACUUAACGGAAACCCCCCAAAAAUAAGGCCUCAAAUAUUGAAAAAUCCCCCUGAGACGACUUCCCUAAUUAAUGAUGUUCAAAGUUUACUGAACUCCAUUUCGAAAGAUUACGAAAGCGAGACAAUGCAAUACGAUGAGAAGCUAAAAAUUCUUCAUAAGGAACUAAACAAACAGCGAGAAGAGUUAGCUAAUUCAAGAGACCAGUUAGCAAAUGUCAAACAGUUGAAGGACGAAUAUUCAUUAAUGCAAGAACAAUUGACCAAUCUGAAAGCAGGCAUAGAAGAAGAAGAGGCAAGUUUUAGAGAAGAGAGCAAAAAGUUGGGAAUUGUAGCGGAUGAAAGUUCAGCUAUUGACUGGGACUCCAGUGAAUAUGAUGCAGAUGAGCCAUUUAAAGUCGAGUUCAUUUCAGAUUUUUUGGAGGAUAAGUUGCAAAGGGAUUAUGAAGGUGAUAUUUCCAAACUACUAGAAUCGGAGCCAAAAGACCAAAUAAUUGAACAAAUACGAAAUCAAAUGCCAGUAGAAAAAAUCAAUUCGAUGCUUCCACCAACUGUUCUACUAAAAGCAAGAAUAAAUGCAUACAAAAGGAACGAUAAACACCUAAAUAAUGUUUUACACACAAUCAGUACCAAACAAUCGGAAUUGGAAAAUAAGUUCAGGAGAGUGUUGUCUUUAUGUUUGAAGAUUGACGAAAACAAGGUCGACGAUAUGCUUGAUGGAUUGUUACAGGCCAUAUCUUCCGAAGACCCGCAGGAUAUCGACACCGACGAAAUGCAGGAUUUUCUUAGAAAGCAUGCUUCGUGA